CGUUUCACGUUGGUGAGUAGAACAUUCGCACCACGUAAAACAUCAACACUGAAUGACGCAGGUCCUCGCAGUGCUGCUAACUGAGCUAACCCCAACGGCAGGCGGUGUGUCGUAGACCGUUUGUUUGACAUCUUAUCUGUGGUGAGAUUAGUCCUGGACCGCGUAGAAGACCCCGUUACAAUUCUCUCGUAUGUGUCUGGGAUGUAUGGAUGGAUAGUUGACGGAAUCUCAUCGCUGUUUGAGCCCGUUACUGGGCAGAACCACAACGAGUGGCCCGGGAAAGGUAACGUUAGCCAGGACAUACCCACGCGACCUGGCGUAGAAGAGGAGCGGCACGAGAGCCUCAUCAGACCGGCCAAACGGAACUACCAGAGUGUUUAUGUUGCAGACAAUGUUUGCCAGAGUGACCAGGUAGAGGUGAAAAGAAAUAGGCGAGAUGUAGUCAUUAGCUUUGUGAAGAAGACUGUGGCCGGUGUAGCAGGUCUGCUCAGGCUGCGCAACCCGCGGAAGACUAGUGUGAAGCCCGAACUUUAUGAAGACAUGCAGCCUGUCACUCUGAUAGGGAUAGAUGAGCUCCAAACCUCGUGGCUGAACAGGACCGAGUGGAGAAUGAUUAAACCAAUAGGUGGAGUGAAUGAUAGGAGUGGGAAGAAUCCGUUUCAGAGCUCCUCGCCUCCUUUAAUGAGGAAAUACAGCGGGGCAAAUCUGUCCGCGGUGCUCUCGGACAGGGGGAAGGAUCGGGAGAGGAGAGCCUCCCUCCAGCUGCUGCCCUCCAGACCUGCUCAGAGAGUAGGAACCACUAACCCCGAUCCAACCUGCAAUAGCUUUGGACACACUCGCUGCUACAAGCCCAUUCUUACAGUAGAAGAGGACAUAAAGCAGUACAACAAGGAACACUACAGGCGCUUGCUGGAGAGGGUGACGGAGCAACACAGCAAAAGCCAACCACUACCUUUCAACCAAACCAAACCAAAAGAUGAGUCGCUGUCACAGGGCGAUCACAGAACUGCUGCCUCCGGAAAAGCCUUUGAACCAGUGCCCAGGAAAAUGGGAUACACAGCUGCUCCUAGUAUGUUUACAUGGAGAAAUGCAUCUGCAACCAAGGAGAGAUGGGGUAGCCUGACUUUUAGUAAAACAUUCAGUGGAGCCUUUGAGGACACGCAGCCUGUGAGAUGUGCAAAGCCUGUGUUGCAGCAGAAACAGGUGGCCGAUUUGGAUCUUUCUACAGAAGUAGCUACUCGCCUCAACCUAGUGGACAGAGAGACUCCUGCUGUCAGCCUCCCUGACUCCCAUCCUGCACACACAGCACAUACAAGGCACAGCGAUGAAGACAUACCCAGGCUGACCAAGGAGAUGUCAGCCGAGGUGAGUUGUGCUCUGGCUCAGAGUGAUCCCAACCUGGUUCUCAGCGCGGCGUUCAAACUGCACAUCACACAGAGAGACCUGGCCACGCUGCAGGAAGGAGGCUGGCUCAACGACGAGGUGAUGAACUUCUACCUGUCUCUUGUCAUGGAGCGGUGCUCUGGUGAAGCAGCAGGCUUGAAAAUCUACUCGUUCAGCACCUUCUUCUUCCCGAAGCUGCGGGGGGGCGGAGGCGGGCAGGCGGGCGGACACAUGGCAGUGAGGCGCUGGACCAAGGCUGUCGACCUCUUCCUCUACGACCUCCUCCUGGUCCCUCUGCACCUGGGCGUCCACUGGGCGAUGGCUGUGAUUGAUUUGAAGUCAAAGACAGUUAAGUCAUAUGACUCGAUGGGACACAGGCACGAUGACAUCUGCGGUCUUUUACUACAUUACCUGAAAGAGGAGCACAAAGUAAAGAAAGGCAGAGAGCUCGAAGGCACUAAAUGGUCUGUUGGGAGCUUGCGGGCCACUGAGAUUCCCCAGCAAAAGAAUGGCAGCGACUGUGGGGUUUUUGCAUGUAAAUACGCUGACUAUAUCGCAAAAGGAAGUCCUCUAACCUUUAAACAGUGCCACAUGCCGAUCUUCAGGAAAAUAAUGAUUUGGGAAAUCCUCAAUCAGAAGCUGCUUUAAAGGAUCGCAACAAUUUCCAAUUACCGCCUAACAAAAGUGACCCUCUGAAUGGGAGCAACAUCUGUGUAGAUUAACUACAUGCUGAAGACAAAAAGGAAUGGGCCAAAGACGUGGACAAAAAUUAACCCAGUGUAGCUGUUCUGGUCUGAGGAAAUUAAAACAAAGUCUUAAAAGAUGGUUGUAUCCCCUUUCCUGUAUUAACAUUUUGAAUUCUCUGAGUUAUAAUUGGAGACAUUAUCAGGAUGGAAGAAGUGUAUGUUUUACACAAGUUUUGGCACUACUGACUGAAUGGCUUUUUGUAUUGACUUAAUAGUUGGUUUUACUGUUUGAAGUGUUGCCGGAAGUGCCUUCAGCCCUCUGACACUGAGCUCCAAUUAGAGAGCAUGCUUUUGUUUAUUUUGGGAAAUUACUUGGUUACGUGCUUGGGACUGCUACCCCGCGACCCGACCACGGAUAAGCGGGAGAAGAUGGAUGGAUGGACUUGGUCACAUACAAAUCAAAAGUCUGACUCAAAAUGUAUUUAAUUUGAUUGUUGAAGAUCAGUGAUAUUUCGGUGUAAAUUCCAAACUGUGGGAUUGUAUUGUCAACAGUGACUACUGCAAUGCUAAUGUCAUGAAUGCAAUCGCUGUGGGAAAUGUAGACAAUGAGAAUCAAUCGAUACCUCCUUUCCAGUCCCUUUUUUAAAAGAGAUGCAUGGUUGACCGCUUGAAGUAUGUUUGUUUUGCUAUUAUUUAUGACUUGACUGGAUGAGAAAGUGUUUCUGGAGAGUGUGUAUAGUUUGUUUUACUCCAUGAGUGGAGCAUUUAUCGAUGUUUACCAUCAUUAUGUAACACAAGGCGCUGUUUGAUUUAGCAAUCUUUUCCAUGAGGGUAUUGCAAGAGGCUACUUAGGGCUAUAACAUUAAAUUAAACUUGCAGUAUAGUAUACUGCAUAGCAAACUACUGUACACACACGCAUGUUUGAGUUCAUGCUUAAAAGUGUGAUUCUCUUUCUCCCUGUAAUAAAGUAUUUCAUUUUUUAAACUGGA